UACUGGAAUAUUCUGUUUUCACAGCAGUUUCGAGUUUUCACCAUCUGCUUUGGUCACCUUCCAUCAGGCUUGCUUGGAGUUUCAGGUUGGUGCUAGUCCUGUUGACUGCCAUGCCUACUCAGCUGGAGAAAGCCAUGGAUACCCUCAUUAAAAUCUUCCACUGUUACUCCAGCAAAGAAGGAGACAUGUUCAAGCUCAACAAGGGGGAGUUGAAGAUGCUGCUCCAGAGUGAGCUCACUGACUUCCUAUCAUGCCAGAAAGAUCCAGAGUUGGUUGACAAGAUUAUGAAGGACCUGGAUGCCAAUAAAGACAAUGAAGUAGACUUUAAUGAGUUUGUUGUUAUGGUGGCUGCUCUGACAGUGGCUUGCAACGAUUACUUUGUAGAGCAGCUGAAAAAAAAAGGAAAGUAGAAAGAUGGGAUAAAUGAAUCUUCCAGGCAAAUACAUGACCUGAUUUGUUUAUGUAGUCUUCCUCCCAUCACCAAGCUAUAAUUAACCUUGAAAUGUUAUUAAAUGAAAUAUAUUGUAAAAUAUUUUUCCUUUAACUAGUGUCUUUGAAAAUUGUCUAAAUCUUGUGUGCCUGGUAUCAUAAUUGUUUAGAUUUAUUAGAAUGGUCAUAAACAUCUACUUUUUAGUCAGAAAAGAAUAUUAUCACAAAUGUCUAUCUCCUCUCCAGCAAGGCUAGUAGUGCUUGGAAUAUUUAUAUUAGAAUUUCUGUUUCUACUCUAAUACCCUGGUAAUUGGUUUAUGUCUUCUAGUCUCUCCCUGCUCCAAUCCAUCUUAACACAACAUCAAUAUAGUCUUCCUAAGGCAUUAGUCUGUCACUCCCUUAUUCAAAUGUCUUCAGUGACUCCCUCUUGCUUCUAAAAUAAACUGUGAACUCUCUCUGUCUAGCAUUCUAUAGACAUUUUAUUUUACUUGACUUUAUACUCUAGGUGGGUAUAGCAUAUUUCAUUUGGUUGCAUACCAGAAUAAUUUUUAUUUUUACAAGUGAAUAUUUAUUGAACACACAAACUAAAGAAGCUAAAAUUUAUUUUAAAAAUUAAAAACAAAACUUGACUUUAAAAAUAUAAACUUUAACAAUGAGACAAUAAACUUUAACAAAAUUCCAAAAAAAAUUUUUUUUAAAUCAUUACAGUUUGUCCAGGAGUACUUGGCAUACUCUGUGCUCAAGUACAUACUUCACAUACUCUUCUGUUCCAGUUUAACUCUUCCCUAAAUUCAUUAUUGCUUCUCCUAACCCCAGAUCCUCACAUGGGCCAUCUGUCUCCCAGGUCUGACUGUACUCUAUCCUCAUCUUCAUAUGUUAGAUUUUUCUCAUCCUUCUAGGAUGGUACUUAGGUGUGAUCUCUCUCAUAAAGCUUUUUCUGAUUCCCUCAUUUGUCCCCCCAUCUUGCCCUCCUCAAAGUGUUUUACAUUUUCUUCUCUGCUUAUAUGUUAUAUAGCUGAAGUAGGAUGUUAGAGAUUCAAGGACAUUCAAUGCUAAUUUUUGUCUUUAUAUUUCCCUAGUAACUAAUACUAUGUAUAUAUAUAAUAGAUGCUUAAUAAAUGUUUCUUAAAUUGCA